UUUUGACAACGAAGAAGAAAGUAGAAACUCAAGCGAUGAAGAGGCAGACGUAUUUGAAGAAGAAAGUAGAAACUCAAGCGAGGAAGAGGCAGACGUAUUUGAAGAAGAACAUCCGAUGGCAAAACACAGAGAAAACACUGACCUAAGAAUGUUCAAGGAGGAAUGGGUGAGAAGGGUAAAAUUUGAAAGAUGCCGAUGUGUAUCAGAAAGUGAUAAGAAAUAUUAUUCUCACAUUGGAUACUCAUCAAACGUUCAACCACAAGAUAUCAACGUGGAUGAGCAACAAGAAAGUACUCCACUUUUAGAAAGAAAGAAUCUCAGAAGAAAAGAUUAUCAAACAUCUUUAGUUGGAAUUGUAAAUCAGAUUCACAAUGCAGAGUCUGGUGCUUCUGAAUCUAUUUCUUCAGGAAUAAAUGUUGACAAGCCAGUUAUUCGUGAACAACAAAUGUGUAAUAAUACAUCUGACAACAAGAGAAAAGAUAGGAAACAGUCUGAUUUACCUAUUGAACUCAGAAAUGUUCAUGGUAGAAGACGUAUCAGAUCUAAAUCAGAGUCGAAUGCAAAUGAUGUUUCAUCAGAGGAUAUUUCCAAGUAUUCCAAGUUACUUUCCAGUAUACCAGAGAUAGACAACAUUAAUAAAGAAAGUGAGUAA